AUGGGGGAGAGGAGCUGCGACACCGCCACACCAACCCUUCUCAUUCCUGCUUUGAGCCCUGCCCCGCACCCCGCACACGGACUGGGCCUCCCCGAGCAAGAGCUCCCCCGGGACCGGGGCCCACCCAUCCAGAACCCCCCCAAAAAAACUAGUUCAACCAGCCACUACAUGCCCCUCCUUCCAGCCUUCUUUGGGGAGAGCAGAAGUGACAGCCCCGCCACCAGCAGGCCACCUAGGCCCCGCAGCCACCCCCAGCCAAAACCACGGACCAAGUGGCCCACUCUUCCUCCAGGCCCCAGACUUUAUAUGGCAGCCGGGGAACAGGGGUAUGUAAUUAAAACUGGGAGUACCAAGAGGGGGUGUCCGGCACAGUCCACCCCCCUUCUGGUAGAUAGGCAGUGCCAGUGCACCCCCCCAUUCGACAACCCUGAACCCUCAAUGUCUAGAUGCGAGAGGGGACGGAGGAAGCCGACCGUGAGAUCUAAUCACUCCCCUACAUUAACAUUCAACCUACUCACCACACAAGCGACAAAGGACAUCCAGGCCGAGAUCAUUCCCACUCCCCCUCCCUCCCCUUCCCCCACUAGCAGAGUGCACACCCCUGAAGGGAACCCGAGUCACCCCAGCACACCAGAGGCCGCGGCAGGGGCGGAAAGCUGGGCGUACACUGGCCCAGACCCCAAGCAGUACUCCCCACAAAACCCAAAGCCCCACCCGGGCCCCCGUCCGAGGGCAAUGUGCCCCAGGGAUCCCAGACCCACCCAGCAGAGACAAACAAGCCCGCCGAACGGGAACCCCACCGACAGCGCACCGCCGGCACGCGAGGGCCCGAGCGGCCCCGACAGAUACAACACCUGA